GUGAGCGGCCGCGGUCACGUGCCCUCCGUCUGGCCGGGGCUCUGGUCUGGGCGACCCUGCUAGGUUACGGGGUUGCCGCCGCUCUCGCUUCUCGCUCGGUCUCCCGCGGGCGCCAUGGAGGAGGAGGAGGAGGAAGCGCGGGGGCUGCUGGCCGACGGCCCCGACGAGGCCGGGAGAGAUGCCCCCGCCGUCCCCGGGGCGCUGCCCGCGCUCUGCGACCCCAGGCGCCUGGCGCACCGGCUUCUGGUGCUGCUGCUGAUGUGCUUCCUCGGCUUCGGCAGCUAUUUUUGCUAUGAUAAUCCGGCUGCCCUUCAGACUCAGGUUAAACGGGAUAUGCAGGUGAAUACCACGAAAUUCAUGCUGCUGUAUGCCUGGUAUUCUUGGCCCAAUGUAGUUCUGUGUUUCCUGGGUGGCUUUUUGAUAGACCGAGUAUUUGGAAUACGAUGGGGCACCAUUAUUUUUAGCUGCUUUGUUUGCAUUGGACAGGUUAUUUUUGCUUUGGGUGGAAUAUUUAAUGCUUUUUGGCUGAUGGAAUUUGGAAGGUUUGUGUUUGGGAUUGGUGGCGAGUCCUUAGCAGUUGCCCAGAAUACAUAUGCUGUGAGUUGGUUUAAAGGCAAAGAACUGAACCUGGUGUUUGGACUCCAACUUAGCAUGGCUAGAAUUGGAAGUACAGUAAACAUGAACCUCAUGGGAUGGCUGUAUUCCAAGGUUGAAGCUUCGUUGGGUUCUGCUGGUCACACAACCCUUGGAGUCACACUUAUGAUUGGGGGUAUAACCUGUAUUCUUUCACUAAUUUGUGCCUUGGCCCUUGCUUACUUGGAUCAGAGAGCAGAAAGAAUUCUUCAUAAAGAACAAGGAAAAACAGGUGAAGUUAUUAAGCUAACUGAUGUGAAGGACUUCUCCUUGCCCUUGUGGCUCAUAUUUAUCAUCUGUGUCUUCUAUUAUGUGGCGGUGUUCCCUUUCAUUGGACUGGGGAAAGUGUUCUUUAUAGAGAAAUUUGGAUUUUCUUCCCAGGCAGCAAGUGCUAUUAACAGUGUUGUAUAUGUCAUAUCAGCUCCCAUGUCCCCAAUAUUUGGGCUCAUGGUGGAUAAAACAGGGAAGAACAUCAUCUGGGUUCUGUGUGCGGUGGUGACCACCCUUGCUUCCCACAUGCUGCUGGCCUUCACGCUGUGGAACCCGUGGAUUGCUAUGAGUCUCCUGGGACUCUCCUAUUCAUUGCUUGCCUGCGCAUUGUGGCCAAUGGUGGCAUUUGUAGUUCCUGAACAUCAACUGGGAACUGCAUACGGCUUCAUGCAGUCCAUUCAGAAUCUUGGUCUGGCAAUCAUUUCUAUCCUUGCUGGCAUGAUACUGGAUACUCGGGGAUAUUUGUUUUUAGAAGUUUUCUUCAUUGCCUGUGUGUCUUUGUCACUUUUAGCUGUGGUCUUACUCUAUUUGGUGAACCGUGCCCGAGGUGGGAACCUAAAUUACUCUGCAAGACAAAGGGAAGAAAUGAAACUUUCUCAUGCUGAAUGAGAAGUUUAAAUGACUGUGUCAUGAGAGUGGGCUGCACACAUCAUUGAUCUGAAAACCUCCAUUAAAAAAUUAUUAUAUAGAGUUUAGUCAAUAGGAAAAAUAAUGGUCUGGAAAGUUAUAUUUAUAUUUCAAGUACUUCUAAGUAUAUUUGUGAGGACUAUUUUACUCUCUGUCUUUUGUGUGUUGCUGAAGAAUUUUACUUCAGAAUUGGCUAAUCAACAGUGAAGUUUAGGAAAUUGCUCUGGGACUUGCAGGUGAAUUUCAGUAAGGACAAUAAAUGGAGAUCAUUGGAUUUAUAUUGAGAUCAUUUUUACAAAGUAUAUCAUAGAGAUUUGGCCUUUUCUUUAUCUUAAAGCAAAAAAUAUUUUUUAAAGCUUUUGAGGGGGUAAAGGGAUGUUUUAUUAUAGUGUAAACCAUGGCAUUUUGAUAGGCAUUCCCUUUUGUAAUAGGGACUAUUUGAAAUAUACUUGAUGAAGUCUCUUCAUUUUUAUAAAUAGAUUGUGUUCUGCUCAUUUUACUUAUGAGACAGGUUGCUGAGCGGUGACCCUUUUGAGCUUCUCUCUCUCUCUCUGUUACUAAGCACCUUUAUUACUUAGGGACAUAAGUUUGUGGUAUGAACUUUCUGUACAGUUUUUUAAUAUAGUCUAAUUAAUUACUGAAAAUGUCCUCUAAAUGAUGAUAAUUCCAUUUCUACAUGGAUAAAUAAAACAUUGUAAAAGGAAUCUACAUGAUGUCUUCUAACUUUUGAGUUUUUAAAAAAAUCUUAAAACACUGAUUUUAACUCUUAUUUAUGUGGAAGAUUAUAAGAAAAUCUGUGUUGGACUAAAGAAAAUUUACCUAAUUAUUCAUUGAAAGAUUAUGGGGAUUAGCUUUUUCUCUAGUGUAGGACCUUAAAGUGACAUUUAUGUUUUUCACAUUAAAUAAAAUGUGGAUAUGAAAUUUCUCUGACAGAUUUAAAUGCUUUUUAAUUAACUUAUUAGUCUUAGCAUAUUAAAGUCAAGGACUUUUUAAUGUAUUUUGCUAUAUGUGCCCACAGAUAUUUUAGACAACUAUUAAACUAAUGAGUUUAGCUGAUUAUAUUGUUUAAAGUACAUGGCAUAAUAUUGUAUGCCUAAAGUUUCUGGGACAGAUUGAAAGUGCAUUCCUUUUCAGGGUAAGUUUACUUUCAUCCAUGUUUCUGAUUUACAGUGUAUUGUGUCAUUAUUCAGUUGUUGGUUCUGUGGGCUUGACUGCCCUGUGCCUGUUCUAGCCCCUGGUGAGUGAAUGCUGGCCUCACAGUUGGGAAUGGUGCAGGAGGUCAGCUGCUGCUGCUGCCGGAGGGCUGUGGUCUGGCCCUGCCCUCGUCUUUCCACUACCUCUGUGCCCAGCACAGUGACCUGCUUACAUUGUUUUCAGUCGAAUCAGGUUCCGUCCCUUCUCAGGGGCUUUGUCCAUGCUCCCUUUGCUUAGAGUAUUUUGUCCUGGAUUCUCUAUGACCUGGUUUCACCUGAUUUCCAACAAUCUUAGCCCCAGCUCAGAACCUAUUAGAACUAAUUAUUCCUAUGGUCUUGGAAAAACCCUGUACUUUUGCUUCUUAAUUUACCUGAGCCUUUAUUCCAAUGAGGAAUUUGUGAUGGUGUGGGUUUCUGUUUCUUCCUUUAGAUUGUAAGCUCCUUGAGGGCAAGAACUGUGUCUGCUAAUGUUAAUAAUGAUUAUGUCGAUAGUGCCCAGCACUGAAUAAAUAUUUUUUGAAUUAUUCAUAAAUAAAA